GUCGUGUGACGCCCGCCCCUUCCUUGCCAGUAGAGUUUAUGAGGGAAUGGGUUGAUUAGGAUUAUACCUGCAGUAAGAGAAUCCUGUUAGUAUACCGUGUAGACCUGGGUGUCGCGAUGCUCCCAGCGCUGCAGGCAUGUCCCCGGCAUCUGCUGGUAUGUGAGAAGUCCAGCUUCUUGCGAGAGAAGUCCCUGCACAGCUCACACGUGGAGACGCAUUACUACAACUACUGUGUAUCAAUUUUGCUUCCUGAAUGUGGACUUCUCCCAGAAAAACUAAAGCAAGUAAUUGAUGGUAUGGGCAGCUAUUAUUUGGUAAAGAACUUGCCCUUGCAUGAAUUUCUAACACAGGAAUUUAAUGAUGUAUUUAUAAAGAAAGGUUUGUUUUACGCGCUUACAUAUAACACAAGAAUUGACCAAGAUAACGUUGCUGCAGUGCUGCCAACAGGUAAACUGAUUAUAUCUGUAAAUAAAGACACCUAUGAAGAAAUGGGUCUGCAGGGCAAGCCUUCGGUAUAUUCAGGGAAAAAUGUCAUGCGAUAUAUUGUUAAAAUUGAUCUGACAGACAGUGCCAUGUCCCCUGAUGGCAAAAUGUUCCAGCGUGUAAGAUGGGCUUUAACAGAGAAAAAAAUUCUGGCUUUUGAUUUCCUACUUGCCUGCGAUAAUUCAGAACAAUCAAUACAAUCUUAUUUUUCAAAAUAUACUGUUAAGGAGUGUAAAUUUAAGAUGAGUUGUAGUGUUCCAAGGAAUCUACCCUGUCCUGUGUUAAAGAGUGAAGAACUGCAUGGUAAAGAAGGAGAGUUCUGCAGUGCUGUGGAGUUGUUUGAAUGGCUCGGUGCCAUUAGCAAUAAUAUUGACUGCCAGCCAUUAUCAGCAGGUUGUGCUACAGGAGCUGUCAUUUAUUGGACCUUCAUGGAAUCAGGUUGCACUUGUGUUGCUGAGUGUGACAAUGAGUCUUCUAGCUUCAUAUCAAGUUUUUGCUGUCCGGAGCCUAGCAUUUUAGUCGAGCAAGCACAUUUAUGUACAAUUACAGGAUUCAUAACACCAUUGAAAAUCCAUCAGUUGUUGAAGCAGCUACGUGACUAUUUCAGUGAACCAAAGUUGAGUCAGUGGGUGUCCCUUAUGGUACAUGGUUUUGCAGACAGUCCUGUGUCUUGGAGAGAAAGUGAACACAACUUUUUUAAAGGUGGUGAAAAUUUGUACAGCUUUGUCAUCUUCAAUAACGAGGACUAUUGGCUGCAAAUGGCUGUUGGAACACAUGAUGGCUGCCCUCCCUAAUUGGAAUCAGAUUUAUUUAUUUGUUUGAACUUUUUUUGGUCUUUUAUAGGUUUCAAUUUUACAAAGACUUUAUUAUAUUCUGUGGUUCAAUUUGCUAUGGAAAAUGUUGUUCUUUUUUGUAAGUUCCUAGGCCACAAGUUGAUGGAUCAUGCUAAAAAUAAAGAACUUUACUUGUCA